AUGAGCAGCAACGAGCAUCCUGCUCUGAAGGAUAUUCCCUUCCUCGAUGUCGAGAACGUGGAGCGAUACCUGCGGAGAAGUGAAGUAGGGGACUACCUCGUGUACCGUGCGAAAGAAGAUGCCCCGAUGGCAGGCGGCAAGUUUCUGCCCAUCUGUGUCUCCUAUGUGGACGACAGUUAUCGGCACCUACACAACAAGAUCUUCAUGUGCUUGAACGGAGCAGACAACUGGGCCUCCAUGGACGGGUGGUUGACGAUUCAUCCCGAGCCAUGGUCCGUGCAAGACCCGUCGGAAUUGCUACUAGGGAAUCAGAUUUAUCCCGAGCUAGCCACGCUUGCAGAUGUCCUGCCGGAGCUAGUCCGACGCAUCGACUUGUCCGUUGCACCCAAGGCAGAGCAGCAAGUAGCCAUCGCAAGCGAGCCCAGGGAGAGAGCAGCCGAUGUUCUUGAUCUUGCUGUGCCGGAUGUUGAGACUGAGGUGGAGUGGAUGGGCAGCCCAGACGAUCAGGCGUUCUUUGAGCUGUUGAAGUUGUUCAAGUUCUCGCUGUCGACCUCCAUAUUGGCGAUCGCAUCGAGGUAUGGAGGUGAGAUUCCAGGGCUGAUGCGCAUACAAAUCUCUCACAAGAGACUGCGGAGCAUGAUUGAAGAGGCUGCUAACCGAGAGAUCGCCGUCAACUUUCCGGGAAGCUACCUCGAGCCCGAGUCCCAGUGUGUCGUCAUCUGGCUUGUCUGUACGGAACUCACCGGACAGAAGUUCCUGCAGGCUUCUGUCGGCACCCAGCUUCGCAAAUUUCUCACGAUUGCCGAGGAGUUCGAGGUGAACGCGCAGGGUAAGAUCAAGAUAUCAUCUGCAGCAGCGCACAUCAUGGCAGCAGCUAGGCUGAUAGGAAAGUCGCUGCUAGAGACUGUCAACACGUUCCCCCUGUGCUGUGCUCAAAUCCUCUUCACCAUUGACAGGACUGUGAUGAAGAAGAUCGGGUCAAAGGAGGUGGAGAAAGUGUCAACAUUCUUGUUCGAGCGAUUCGUCCUUGAAGCUAUUCUCACUCCUGCCGUUUUUGGGAUUUCAAAGGCGGACAUAUCUGACGUGCAGAAGCAAGCGUUGGAUGCCCUGUACAAGCUCCUCAAGUUGUCCUCUAAAGCCAAAGAUCCUCCGUCCAUGACUGAAUUCCGCGCCCUCGAUUCUGUCAUGCCUGCUGUGCCCGAGUGUCGAGAGAUGCUGCGGAGCUUCUACCAGUCUGUGAUCAGCAUAGGAUCCCCAGGGGCUCGCGUUCUUCCUGUAUCCUCCUCCAAUGGAGGGGUUCGCUUCAGCAGCAUCGACGUUGACGUCCUCCUCAAGUUUCUGCGGGAGCACUACGUGGAGACCUUUGACGCGAUCUCCUAUAUCGAGUCGCAGGCAGAGGCGACUGAGAUCUGCUCCAGGCUGCAGCCCAUGCUCUUCAAGCCCUCCGAGAAGGUUCCGGAGCUCCCGAUCGGCAAGACGGUGGAGGCUCCGCACCCUGUCGACCUGACCAACGCUGCGUUCCUCGGAGAGAUCGCCGUUGGCGACGUGCGAGUCGGCGACAUUAGAAACGAGGAGACGCUCGGUCCUGCCAUUCGCCGUGCGCUCGAGAGAUCUGUAGAGCGUCCGGAAGCGGGAGCGGGAGCGGGAGCGGGAGCAGGAGCAGGAGCAGGAGCAGGAGUGUCGAACGAGAUGGAGAAGGCUGGUGUGGGUCUGAUCUUCCGCAAAGACAACUACGGACUCUUCCACGUGCUCACCAUCGCGCAGGACGGGCCGGCGGAUCGCAGUGGAGUGGUGGAGGUGGGAGACAUCCUGGUGGAAGUGAACGGGAGCGAAGUGGUUGGCAUGAGCCUGAGCCAGCUCAAGUCGCUGAUCCUCGGGCCUGCCGGGUCGCCGGUGAAGCUAGUCUUCGAGAGGCCACAGAGCUCGUCGCUGUUCCGGUUCGAGCUCUGCCUCUUCCGCGGGAACUUCCGGGGGUCAGACUCGAAGUCCAUCGGGUUCCCCAUCCACCUGCAGAAGGCGAACCAGGAGAGCAGAAUCUGGCACGAGAUGUCCAGGGUGUUCGCGGAGAUCGAAGAGCUGCAGCAGAGGAGGUCGCGAGCUGAGAAGGCGUUCCAUGCUGCCGAGCAGCUCCGACAGCAGCAGGAGGCGGCGGCCGUGGACUCAGAGGAGAGGUGCGACAGGAUGCGCAAGGAUAUUGCGGUGCUGGAGGAGAAGCUGGCGCAGAUCCAGGGGGAGAGGAAGGAGCUUCAGGUUUCUAUCGCCAAGGAGAACCUCCUGCUCGAGAAGCGCAAGUCUGGCCUGUCUCUUCCCUCCUUCUCGAGGCGGGACAGCAACAGCGAGAAGGCGAUCUCUAGCCAGGAGGAGAAAGGGGAGGAGGGGCUGCAGUUGCCGGACUCCAUCCAAGUCCCUUCCUGCCAGCAGCAGUGA